AGCUAAUCGAGGACGCAGAUCAUAAAUCAUUAUCAGGCGCCAGCGAGCAAAGGAGGCGAUUCGCAAACAGCGAUUGAGUUGCACCGCCAGAGACGAAUUAAUCAUACGCCGCGUUGGUCGCCCCGCCGUGGAUACAUAGGAUAUACAUAGGAUAUACAAUGUCUGCCCAUCCGCCUCCGCACCACGCCCCGCGCACUUGACACGGGGAGCGGCAGAAUAUCCCGGAGCCGCGGCAACACCUCCUUGUGUUUUGUGUUUAAUUUGUAUUCGUUAUUUUUUGUGUUCGGUCGCGAAUCGAAAAGUGUUUGAUUUCCGUGAAAACAAAGUACCGCAUGUGGCUGCCAGGGCAAAAUCCGCUUACCGGCAGCACAAACUGCUACAACUGCAACUGCAACUGCCCCGCGAUCGCUCAAUAUAUUCUCCGUUGGCCUGUGAUAAACCCCUUAGCGUUCUUAAUGAAUGACAUUCGGUCCAAGUCAUUCUAUCGUGCAGGCAAAGCAACAUCUGCAACAUCUGCAUUUUGCAGCAGCAGUGCUAAAUCGUUCGACAAGAGCCAGAACAACAAUCCCCGUACUUACAACAACAGCGGCAAGUCGAACAAGGUGUUCCUGCACUACAUACCCCGCGAUCCGCGCCUAAGAAUUUUCCACAAGACCGCCACCCUGAAUAAACACUCGAAUCGCACCCUCAGCGAGCUAAACAUAACUGAAGAUCUGUGCAAUUAUGGUGAAUUGAUUGGCGGCAGUGCUGAGACAGUGAAACAAGUGCUAGUGAAAUCUUAAGAAUCAGAAUAAGCAGAUCAUCGUUUUGAAUCGUUCGUUUUUCGGUCGAGCUGUUGUCGUGCGGAAAGAGCAUUGUUUGGAUAACGAAAGGCUACGCACUGCAGUUGACCAAGAGGAGAGAAAAGGGGAAAUAUUUAUCAUCUAGCGCCUACUUAAGAAAAUUAAUGCUGAAAUCUAAUGCAAAUUGUGUUCACUUCCAAUAA